AUGGAUAAGCGGAAGAGUAGACAUGACAGCCGCGUUGAGCGCGAGGGUGGUAUGAUGCUGUCGAGAAACUACAUAGACAUAGCCAUGACGAGCUUUCUGGAUCAAAGCGGUAUCAGACGCACUCAGCGGUCACCAGACGGCAUUCAGGCACCUUCCAGCUAUCGCAGUGUUAAAAUCAAUGGCAGCCAGAACCCGGCGUCGUUCAUUUCUCAACUUCGCUGGUCAGGUGAGUAUUCUCAGUCGUUCAUGAACUGUAGAUAUACAGGCUACCACCGCGUCUCAGGUGGCGGGACAGCAGGAUGUGUGUUAGCCAAUCGCCUCAGCCAGGACCCCUCCGUGUCCGUGCUCGUGAUCGAACGCGGAGGAGUCAACAAUGGGUGGAUCACGCGGAUCCCCUUCCUCUCCAUGCAGUUCGUUUUUGGAGGCUCUUCGACCAGGAUUUGGAAAUCCUCUCCUCAAAAGCACAUGGACGAUCGCGUCUUUGAGCUAGCUGGAGGCCACAGUCUUGGAGGGGCCUCGAAAAUCAACGUCAUGCUUUAUACACGCGGUGUCCCCGGGGAUUACAACGCUUGGAGUCACGCUGGUAGAGAGGGAUGGAGCUACGAUGACAUGCAGCCAUACUUCAUACGCUCUGAGACCGACCUUGACCAGGACCCACAAGAGCACCCAGAUUUCCACGGCGUGAAAGGGGAAUGGCAUAACAGGUCGCAUAAGGUGACAUUCUGGGGACAUACUAAUCCACAUGAUGCGGUGCACCGACAUAACGGUCUUAGGAUCAUCAAAGCCUCGGAAGCACUAGGGAUACCCUACGUUAAAGAUCUCAAUUCACCCCUUCACCCCACUUACGGCUGCGCGAAGAUGCACUUCGCCGUCGACGCCAAAGGCUACCGCUCGUCUACUCUGGAAGCCUUCCUUCCAAAAUGCCUGGCUAUUGAGCGUAUGCGACACUUACACGUGUGUACAAACGCCGCCGUGACCAAGAUUUGUAUGGAGAACGACGAGAAAGACACGCCUACGGCAAGAGGGGUCGGCAUCGGCCCUGAGGACCACUUGAAAGAAUAUGGGAUACCGGUGUUGAAGGAUCUCACCAGCGUUGGCACACAUCUUCAAGACCACAUCGGCAUUGCGCUGCAAUACCGUGUACCCCUCAAGGACUCGCUGGCGAAGCUACAGCUGCAACCUUGGAUCAUAUUGAAAGAACUGAUGCUUUACCUUCUCUUCGGGAUGGGGCUCUUCCUUGCACCGUUUCUCGAGCUCUCGAUCUUUCUCCAGACGCGGCUUUUCGAUUCCGAAUACAAGACCGUUGCGCCGACCCCCGAAGAUAAGGACGCCGCCCUGCCCAUGAACGUGCCCGACAUCGAAGUCAUGCCGAUUGCAUGGAGCGACGCGGCUGUGUCAAAAUCAUCCACGCGUGACGGCGGCCUCGGCUUCCUCGUCGUCAUCCUCCGCCCGACGUCGACAGGGACUGUGCGCCUCGCUUCUCGCGACCCGCUUGCUGAUCCUGACGUCGACCCAAACUGGUACGCGACGGGGCACGACCGCGCCGUCAUGCGGAAGGGCGUGCGGUUCACGCUGCGUCUGCACGAACAGCUCGUCGCGCAGGACUAUCCUGCGCAUCCAUACCUCGCGCCCGCAAGCGAGUCCGACGAGGACAUCGACGCGUUCGUGCGCGCGUACAGUCAGACGACGUACCACUACUCGUCGACGUGCCGCAUGGCGCCCGAGGUGCCCGGCUCGCCGAUGGGCGGGGUUGUCGACGACCGUCUGCGUGUGCACGGCGUGCGUGGACUCCGUGUUGCAGAUUCGAGCGUGUUUCCGCAUAUUCUGAGCACGCAUCUGGCUGCGGCGACGGUUGCUGUCGCGGAGAAAUGCUCAGACAUGGUGAAAGAGGAUAAUUCCUGA